UCAAUCCUAACGUGACGCUAGCACGAAAUAGAAAAAAACUUGGAGCGUCGUGUUGGCUCUGAAAGAUUCAAAUAUAAGAAAAAUUCUUGAAAAUAUUUUGUAAACAAACAUUUAUUUGGUGCGUGCGCUGUCGCCAUGUCUGAGAGCCAAGAAAAUUGUCGGAAACACAAAUUAGGAUUAGCUGCUGAUGGGAAUUAUCAGGACGAUGGUGAAGACAGAAACGAUGGUGAUGGCGUCAUCGGGCCUUCAUUGUCCGAAACAUUUAAUGUCAUGCCAAAAAAAUUGAAAGUUUUGAAGCAUGAAAAAGUCUACAUAGAGAACUUGCCUAGUGCGGAAUCAUAUGAAAAGAGUUACAUGCAUCGGGAUGUUGUCAAUUAUGUAGCUGUCACUAAGACUGAUUUUGUGAUAACAACAAGUUGUGAUGGUCAUCUGAAGCUUUGGAAGAAGAAUGAUGGAGAUGGCAUUGAAUUUGUUAAGCAUUUCAGAUGCCACACAAGUAGCAUAGCUGAUCUGGCUGUCAGUUGGAAUGGAGAAUUCUGUUCAACCUCAUCAGACGACAAAAUCAUUAAAAUAUUUGAUGUCGCCAACUUUGAUAUGAUCAACAUGCUGAAAGUUGACUACAGUGUCAAGUGCUGUUGCUGGCUCUAUUCCCCUGGAGACCCCAUCGUCGCCAUUGCUGUUGCAGAUAAAGAGAGUAGCAAGAUAUACGUGUAUGAUAGUAAGGCAGCUUCUCAAUGUCUCCAUGUUUUUGACCAACUCCAUUAUAAACCCGUCAUCAUUAUGAAGUAUAACGCCAUCUUCCACACAGCCAUCUCUGUUGAUAGCUCAGGGAUGAUGGAGUAUUGGACGGGGCCAAGAUUUGAUUACUCCUUUCCAAAAAAUGUUCACUGGAAGUUUAAAACUGAAACAGAUCUCUUUGAAUUUGUUAAGUCAAAAACAUUGCCGUUGAGUGUCAGCAUAUCUCAUGAUGGACAACAAUUUGCUACCAUUUCAAAAGAUAGAAAGAUUCGAGUCUUCAGGUUUUCAACUGGCAAGUUGACGAAAGUUUUGGAUGAAUCACUGCAGAGGUUUACAGAAGCUAAUCAGACGAAGCUGCAGAUAUCCAACAUGGAGUUUGGCAAGAGGAUGGCAGUAGAGAAGGAUCUUGAGAGGUCGGAAGCAUUCAACUACUGCAAUGUUGCUUUCGAUCAAAGUGGGUACUUCCUCCUCUAUUCAACCUUUCUUGGCAUCAAAGUUGUGAACUUGCAGACGAACAGAUGUGUUCGCGUCAUAGGUAGGACGGAGAACGCACGAUUCCUACAUCUGGCACUCUUCCAAGGGACGGCUAAUAAGCCGAGAGCAGCCAUCACGAUGGAGAUGGAGGCCUCUGAUAACCCCGUCCUCAAGGGGGUGAAGUUUGAUCCCACACUUUUCUGCACUGCUUUCAAGAAGAACAGGUUUUAUCUCUUUUCAAGUAGAGAACCGAUAGAAAAACAGAGCGAAACCAACGAUAGGGAUGUUUUCAACGAAAGACCAUCGAAAGAAGAAAUGGUGUCGGCCACGCAAGAUGUCUCGUACACGCGCAUCUCCGAUUCAGCUAUCAUGCACACCACCAUGGGCGACGUUCACAUCAAACUUUUCCCCAAAGAGUGUCCUAAAACUGUUGAAAACUUUUGUGUGCACAGUCGUAAUGGUUAUUACAACGGGCACAUCAUUCACAGAGUUAUCAAGGGCUUCAUGAUUCAAACUGGAGACCCAACUGGCAUAGGAACAGGGGGCGAGUCGAUAUGGGGAGGUGAGUUCGAGGAUGAGUUCCAUGCAAACUUGAAGCAUGACGUUCCAUACACACUGAGCAUGGCAAAUGCGGGACCCAACACUAACGGAUCUCAGUUCUUCAUCACCGUAGUCCCAACACCAUGGCUUGAUAAGAAGCACACAGUAUUUGGCAGGGUGACCAAGGGGAUGGAUGUCGUCCAGAAGAUAUCACUCGUCAAAACCAACCCUAAGACUGAUAAACCUCACGACGAUAUUUCUAUAAUUAGUGUGACUAUUAAAUAACUAUAUAUUGAAUUUUCAUUUUAUUUUUAAUAACAAAAAACAGAAGAAUAUUUUUAAAACAAUUUAUUUUUUUGUUUGUUGUUCUUUCCAUUCGUCAUCAUUGACGUCAUAAUCCUUCAUUGACUUAUCCAGCAGCCUCCAUCUUCCAAACACCCCAUAAUCCACAAUCCUAUCCUUCCAAUCCAACCAGCCCACCUUCAUGUACUGGCAAUGUGCUUCAUACAAAUCAACGUCGGCACUGAAAUUAUCAACCCACAUAACAGAGAAUGCCCCAAAUGUAAAUCUUUUUAGAGUGCCACUAUUUAGGUGUCUGAUUAUUUUUUGGGUGUGUUCAUCUGUUGAUUUAUUUCUUAUUGAGUCUCCGAUUAUUGAUAGGUCAUUGGCAUUUUCUAACAACUGUUCGAUGAAUUGUUCUUCUGUUGGGUUGGUGUGGACGAGAUAACAAAAUGAGGCAAUUCCUGCCACAUACGAUGAGGCCUGCAAUGGGUGGCUUCUGGCAUCUUUGAUUGUAUCUAAAAUGACUAAUUUGUAAUCUCCGUAUAUGUUCUUGAAGUAGUUUACUGCAAAAGAAAAAUUUUAGUCAGGUU